GAUAAUUCCAAUAAAAACGAAGAAGAAGUGUUUUGAUACACUUUCACUCCCUUCUCCUGUGCUCUUCCACAUUCCCAAUUCUCCUUCUCACUCUUCCAGGUACACGCCCUUUGACUUGUGAGGGGGAAAAAGUUUUAAGGAAAGAAAAAAAAAAAAACCUAAAUCACGGAAGAGAUUCUGCAGUCCUACUAGUUUGGCAAGUUCUCUGGGCUCAAAGCAGCGUAGAAAGGCGGAGAAGAGGGCAGAAACUCAAAUUUGCGCACAUUUAUACACUUCUCCUGUUCCGCAGACGAUAUACGAAAAAGGAGUCAUGGAGGCUGCCAUUCAGACUGUAGUGAAGGUCUUCCUGAAGUCGACCAAGGGAAGGGAGAGUCUAGGACCGAAAGAGUUCCAGGGCCUUGUCAAGAGCCAGCUCAGCAACAUCAUGUCGGACACAGACAGCAAGGAGGCGGUCAACAACAUGGGCCAGGGACUGGAUGCCAACCAAGAUGGCAAGGUUGGCUUCGAGGAGUACAUGAAACUAGUCGGCUACCUGGCGGUCUCACUCAGUGAUCAGCGUACGCUUGCCAAAGAGGAGCCUGCCCAAAACUCUGCGUCCGAACAAGUGGCACAAAGCACCAAAGAGGAAGAGAAGCCAGAGGCAAAGGAGGAAGCAAAGCCAGAGGCCAAUGAAGAGGCGAAGGCAGAAGCAACUGCAGAAGUAAAGAUAGAUUCAAAUGCAGACGGAAAUGUAGAAAUUAAGGUAGAAACAAAGGCUGAGGGAGAGACACAGCCAGAGGCAGCAAAGGAGGAGGAGAAACCAGCAGUGGCAGUGGAAGAGGUUGUGAAAGAGGCAGAGAAGGUGGAGGAGACAGAAAAGGUAGAGGAAGCCACGAAGGAGGCGGCUGCAGCUCCAGAGGAAGAUGGGGAAAAGAAGACAGAGGAGGCGACCUCAUAGGGGACAAUCCAUUUCUCUAUCUGAAUCACACUACAUGCUUACAUUCAACAGUACAUAAAAUACAGCAUUGCUAAAAUAAGUCGGCAUACAAAAUAUCAGUAAAACACUCCAAACCCAGCUCUGAAGAAACCCUAUUCCUCCUAUAUGAUAAAUAAUACAUGUACAUGACAUUAGAGUUAUUGCUUUGUACUACUACUUACCACUAUGUUCAUAUGUACAGCAUGUGCAUCCCACUAUAUAGCACAUUUACCUCAUUAUGAUAAUACUAUGAUAGCAUGCAGAUGUUCACUAUCAUGUGCAUGCCGUAUCCCUGUGAAAACCUUACUGCAAAAUAUGAUUCCCCCGCUGCAGCACACUGACACAUGACCUCAUUGUCACUGUGUGUUAACACACCACUGCAGACAAGGGGUUUUGUUUAAAUCCCAUCCUCUCCCCACUUUUGCCUCUGUCUGGGUCUUUUCUUCUAAAGUUGUGCCAUGCAUCUGCAUCAUACACCUUACUGAGCACUAAUGGCUUAAAGGAAUAGUUCAGCAUUUUGGGAAAUGUGUUUAGUAGCCUUUUUGACAAGACUUAAAUGACAAGAUCACUGCCACUUUCAUGUGUCAGUUGAAUAUGACGCUACACUGGCUAGCCUGUUAGCUUAGCUUAGCUUAGCAUUAAGACUGGAUACCAGAGAAAACAGCUCAUCUGGGUCUAAUUAAAACAUUAUAUCUUGUGGUUUACUUUCUUGCAUAAAUGUUGAAUGCUGAACUAUUCCUUUAAUGGCUGCACGGAAAUCCUGUCAAUAACACCUUUCAACUCACAAUGCUCUGGAGCUGAUUUGGCAUGACAAUAAACAAAUUGUUUUGCUGAGGCAUUGCAUUACUGAAGCUCAUCUUUGUGUACUUUCUGCUCCAAUACACCCUCUUCUACCCAUCUUUGUAGUUUACAGAGUGGGCUUUCUGCUGUCUCUUUCCCAGAAAGUCUGCAGUCAAAACCUGCCCUAUAUUUUCUUCACUCAUAGUUAGCCAUGGAUUAGGAACUGGAAGAUCAGGUGUGGCCUUUGGCUAAAUAAUUAAGAUUCAAGGGUGGAAUUCACACCAAAGGACCCUUACGGUCAAAGGGGGAGCCAAAAAUAGUCCCAUGAAAGUGGCCUGGGGAGAAAUGUGCUGAGCCAGUCACAGAAGGUGUUCAUGCAACCUAAUCCACCUGGAUUAGAACAGGUGGGGAAGAACAAGACAUCAAGAAAACCAAGAAACGCAUAACAAGUGUCGUUUGAUGGCUAUUUUUAUCUCAUGUACUUUAUAAAACAAUUAUGCUUUUAUUGCGUCUUCCAAAAAUGGCAUUAAAAUGGUCAGGUUCUUCUCAUUGAACCA